AGGAGAGAAUCAACUCAAAAUCCAAUAUCUCUCUACGUGAGGUGAGUCAGCUCAAUUUGUAUCAUCAUAUACGUGGAACCCAUCUGUCCAAUCAUUAAUUUCAAUGUAUGUUAUUGGUCCAAUUGCGAACUGACACAUCACGUGCAUGAGUCCUCAUCUUCCCCAUUUUACCACUCACUCACUCAUAAAUAAAAAAGCUCUUCUUCACUCAAAGAACGCAAAAGCAGAGAACACUAAACCCAGAAAAAAAUGGCGGACGACAAGAUCAGCGAGAGCCGGAACCAGGCGAGGCUAAAGAUACUAGAGCUAGCCAACAUGAUUAGCGUCCCUAUGUCCUUAAACGCCGUCGUUCGCCUCAACGUCCCUGAUGCUAUCUGGCAAGGAGGUUCCAAUUCUCCCCUCACCGCUUCUCAGAUUCUCAAACGUGUCCUUCCCUCCCGCGACGGCGCCGACGCCGAGAAUCUCCAACGCAUCCUCCGCAUGCUCGCCAGCUACGGCGUCUUCGAAGAACACCUCAACGGUUCAGAGAGAAAGUACUCUCUCACCGACGUCGGUAAAACUCUCGCCACUGAUUCCGAUGGCUUAUCCUACGCGCCGUACGUGCUUCAACACCACCAGGACGCGCUAGUGAGCGCGUGGCCGCUGGUGCACGAGGCAGUGGUGGACCCAACGACGGAGCCUUUUGUGAAGGCGAACGGAGAGGCGGCUUAUGAUUAUUACGGGAAGAGGCCGGAGAUGAAUGGGUUGAUGCAGAAGGCUAUGUCGGGCGUAUCUGUGCCGUUCAUGAAGGCGAUAUUGGACGCCUACGAUGGGUUUAAAGGGGUCCAGAAAUUGGUUGACGUGGGUGGCAGUGCGGGGGAUUGUCUGCGGAUGAUCCAGCAUAAGCACCCCAAUGUACGCCAAGGCAUCAACUUUGAUCUGCCUGAGGUCGUUGCCAAAGCGCCACCUAUUUCUGGGGUUACUCACGUUGGUGGUGACAUGUUCAAGUCCAUUCCUGAGGCAGAAGCAAUUUUCAUGAAGUGGGUUUUAACAACAUGGACGGAUGAUGAAUGCAAAUUAAUCAUGGAGAAUUGUUUCAAGGCACUCCCAGAAGGAGGUAAGUUGAUAGCCUGCGAACCGGUGUUGCCGAAUGAAACCGACGACAGUCACCGGACUCGGGCUCUCCUAGAAGGAGACAUCUUUGUCAUGACAAUCUAUAGAACCAAAGGAAAGCACAGGACCGAAGAAGAGUUCCGAAAGCUUGGUCUCUCUGCUGGUUUCCCUCAUUUCCGAGCUUUCUAUAUUGAUUAUUUCUAUACUGUCUUAGAGUUUCAGAAGUAGUAGUAAUGAAUGAUCAUUUCUAACUUAUUUUGAAAUGAUGCAGAGAGAAUAAAAUGUAACUUUCUCUGAGAAAAUGAGGAGUUUAUAACAAAAUUAAAGAAGAAUUGUGAUUUUUUAAGUAUUAUUUUUGACAAUCCAGUCGAACUUGUUUUACA